GACAUAUGAGACGCAUAAUAUACAUUUAGACAUGUCUGCUCUGUGAUAUCGCGUCUUUUGGCGGGCAUAAUUUUUUGGCGGUAUAAGAAAAUUCAUAUUUCUGUGGUAAAUAAUUCUUUCACUUGUACAAAAUGGCUGAUAAGGAUGGAGAAACCUUUGAUGAUGCAGUAGAAGAACGAGUAAUAAAUGAAGAAUAUAAAAUAUGGAAGAAAAACACACCUUUUUUGUAUGAUUUGGUGAUGACCCAUGCUCUGGAAUGGCCUUCUUUGACAGCACAAUGGCUACCUGAUGUUACAAGACCUGAGGGAAAAGACUAUUCAGUUCAUCGUUUGAUAUUAGGUACUCAUACUUCUGAUGAACAGAAUCAUCUUCUGAUUGCAAGUGUACAAUUGCCUAACGAAGAUGCACAGUUUGACGCAUCUCAUUAUGAUAAUGAGAAGGGUGAAUUUGGAGGCUUUGGUUCAGUUAGUGGAAAAAUUGAAAUUGAGAUAAAAAUCAAUCAUGAAGGUGAAGUUAAUAGGGCUAGAUAUAUGCCCCAAAAUCCAUGUGUAAUUGCCACCAAGACUCCAUCCAGUGAUGUUCUAGUAUUUGAUUAUACUAAACAUCCUAGUAAACCUGAUCCUAAUGGUGAAUGCCAUCCAGAUCUCAGAUUGCGAGGUCAUCAAAAAGAAGGCUAUGGUCUUUCUUGGAAUCCUAAUUUAAAUGGCUAUUUGCUUAGUGCUUCUGACGACCACACGAUUUGUUUAUGGGAUAUAAACGCUACACCAAAAGAAAAUCGUGUAAUAGAUGCUAAAACAAUCUUCACAGGUCAUACUGCUGUUGUUGAAGAUGUUGCUUGGCAUCUACUUCAUGAGUCAUUAUUUGGAUCCGUAGCAGAUGAUCAAAAAUUAAUGAUAUGGGAUACAAGAUGUAACAACACGAGCAAGCCGAGUCACACUGUUGACGCUCAUACAGCAGAGGUCAAUUGUUUAAGUUUCAAUCCUUAUUCUGAAUUUAUUCUCGCUACUGGUAGCGCAGACAAAACUGUUGCACUUUGGGACUUGAGGAAUUUAAAACUUAAACUACAUUCCUUCGAAUCGCACAAAGACGAGAUUUUCCAAGUCCAAUGGUCUCCACAUAAUGAAACUAUUCUUGCAAGUAGUGGUACAGAUAGACGUUUACAUGUGUGGGAUCUUAGCAAAAUUGGAGAGGAGCAAUCAAGUGAAGAUGCUGAAGAUGGCCCUCCUGAACUUUUGUUUAUUCAUGGAGGACAUACAGCGAAAAUCAGUGAUUUUUCGUGGAAUCCAAAUGAACCAUGGGUCAUAUGCUCUGUAUCAGAGGAUAACAUUAUGCAAGUAUGGCAAAUGGCUGAAAAUAUUUAUAAUGACGAAGAGCCAGAUACUCCUGCAAGCGAGCUGGAAACUGGAGCUUCAUAAUUGGUAAAUAAUUGUCGAGUUUUAUUAUAAAAUUUAUUACUUCAACAGGUAAAAAGUUUUUAUGUCAA